AUGGAUAUCGUCAUUCUACACAAUCGCAUCAGGGAUAUAACAGCCACUCUCAAGGCUGCUAUCGAAAUCUGCAAAUCUGCCACAGACGCUCAAUCUAUACCUGUACCUCUCCAGACACUUUCUUCACAGAUACCCUGGGCCCUGGCCGCAUUCGAUAAAGCAAGAGAAGGCAUCCCAACGAUCGAUGCGACAUCACCAGACGCUCUCGCCUUGGAGAGUAUCAUCAAAGGCUGCGUCAAAAAGUCACGCUCGCUCAGGGCUUACUUGCGUGGGGUAAUUCCUCAUGCCGAGUUGUCAAGACUUGACCGAUGCAGACGUUUUCUAGGUCUGGGAGCGACAGUGGACAUGGUAGUGGAGUUGAAGGAUGGCCUGUUUUCUGACCUCAAGACUUUGGCAGAUAAUCGUGCCAUUGAAGCAGAAGCCCGAGAGAAUAUCAAGGCCCUAGUAGGCUUUGCAACUGGAGAGCCGGGGUUUGAUCUGUGGGGUGUUCCAGAUAGCGAUUAG